AUGCCGGGGCCAUUCCUUACCCUUUCAAGUGUUCUCGCUUCUUUUUUAGGAUCUAUCACGAUUUCUUCAAGCUGUCGAUCAGCUUUGGCCACGAUAGCAACGGGUCCCGCAUCGGGCUGCCUCAACCCAGGAGGUCUCAUUGCCCUCGCGGCUACUGUCGGUUCUAAUUCGAGCACACCUAUCGUCAGCCCUGUUUCUACAUGGGUUCAAGGCCUUUGUGGCCAGCCAGCUUGCGACAACUCCACGCUUUCGCCUUUGGUAUCGGCUAUCACGAGUGGGUGUCAGAGUGAGCUGAGAGACAUUGGACUUUCCUCAGGUGAUAUUGGAACCCUUGAUUCAAGCGUCGCUCGCUUUUAUCCUGCAGGAAGAGAGGCUAUCUGUCUCAGAGACACGAACCGAGGAAAUGCAUUGUGUGUUGCAUCCCUGUUGGGCGAUGUUCAAAACAGCACCGGUCAACCCCUGACUGUAGCCAGCCUUCCUUCCGCUGUUGUCACCGUAGUCGGCAACUCGACCCUUGGAAGACAAGUCAUCUGUUCGCAAUGCGCGCAGGGAGCAUACAACAUUAUUCGUUCCCCAGUCCCCAAUAGCACUGUGGACAGUGUUGAUCGAUAUUUUAACGCAACGUGUGGAAGCGACUUCAUAAGAGCCGGAGAACCAGCGAACAUCGUGGUUGCUACCGGGACUUUGGCAACACCCAAACCGAGUAGCUCAUCACCUGGCGCAGCAAUUGCCCUUCGUGCCCCGAUCUCCAUUACUGGUAUUAGCGCUGGCUCUCUAGGAGCUGGCCUUGGUAUCUUUAUUCUUGGAUUCGCUUGGACUUUAGUAGCCUGA